AUAAUGGCUUUCAUACAGGAUGCCAGGAUAUUAUCAGAUGCUAUUUUUUAUGCGCAUAAAGGCUGUUCAUGUUUCAAGACAGCCAGGGAGGGGAGGACAGGAACAAACUGAGCAAACGUUUCUUGCUUGCUAUGAUUUAGCAUUUGCCUUUUGCGUAUUAUCAUUGUGGUGUUAAAACCCAGAAACUGAUGGAAAGGCUGCGCAUCACUCUACCUUGGCUGUCAUAACAAGGAGUAUUUAGCAAAUUGGCCUUUUUAUCAUCAGUGAUCAGAUAAUGGGAUCGAUAAUAGAAGCAGUGCUGUCAUUGUUUUUGUCAUGUCAUAUAUAAUGCCUUUUACAUUCAAAGCCUGGUUUGAAAAAAUAAAGCUAAUUCACGCGGCUCGUUCUAUUUUAUCAAAUGGCGCGUGUCAGUUGUAAAUAUUCGGUUAAGGUUAGCGUUUAUCGCGCGACGGCUUCUAUUAAAGUUACCUCUGUUGCUUCACUGGAUUCUCCAAGCAAGUUUUAAACAAUGAUACGCACCUUAUAAGACGAUUAUUAAGAUUUCCGACGUAAUAAUCACGGUUGUUAUGUCAUGUUAUCAAGAAGUGCGUUAGAGCAUUGAGUAUGCUCAUUAGAAGUAAGGAUUUAUCGAUUUAAAUGGACGGGGACGGUCAUGUGAAGGAUUGGAACCGAGUGCUUCAUGGAAAACAUCGUUGCCCUUUAGUGGUGAACAAGGUUAUGGUUGUGGCUUAUUUCAAAAAGCAAAUUUUCCAGUAUGGAGGAUCCUGUCUAAACAAGACCCCACUUGAAUCUUAACAUUUAGUUGACUGUUACUGGUAGAAACUUUCUGAAACCUGAAACCAUCCUGUCAUGGCAGAGAAAAUAUCCUCAGGAAUGACCAGGCAGGCAUCCAAAUCCACAACAUCUCUUCCCCCUGAUCCAAUGGAGAUUAUCAGGAGCAAGUCUUGUUCCAGGAGAGUGCGAAUAAAUGUUGGUGGAUUAAAUCAUGAAGUUUUGUGGAGGACCCUUGACAGACUUCCAAGAACAAGACUAGGAAAGCUCAGAGAUUGUAAUACACAUGAAGCACUACUGGAGAUUUGUGAUGACUACAGCCUGAGUGAAAAUGAAUAUUUUUUUGAUCGCCACCCAGGAGCCUUUACUUCUAUUUUAAACUUUUACAGAACAGGGAAGUUGCACAUGAUGGAAGAAAUGUGUGCCCUGUCCUUUGGCCAGGAACUUGACUACUGGGGUAUUGAUGAGAUCUACUUGGAGUCAUGUUGCCAAGCGAGGUACCACCAGAAGAAGGAACAGAUGAACGAAGAACUAAGGAGAGAGGCUGAAACCAUGAGGGACAGAGAAGGAGAAGAGUUUGAUAACACUUGCUGUGCAGAAAAGAGGAAGAAACUGUGGGACUUGUUAGAGAAACCCAAUUCAUCAGUUGCUGCAAAGGAAGAAGAUUCAUUGUACACCCAGGUUUGAUGGUGGUGAAUAUGGCAUACUGACAGAACAUAAAUUAUAGUUUGCACACAGAACUGAAGAACUGAACAGCAUUACCAAAAUGCAGAAUGAGUUUCCUGAGAAAAGAAGAGGGUAGACACUUGAAAAGGAAGCUUAAAAAGCAUUUAUUAAUACCAAAGAUUGGUUUGCAUUAGAACUGAACUGCAGCAAUCUGUUCAAAGAUGUUUGAUCAACAAAAUGAUUUAUGGCUCUAUGACUAGCUGUAUUAAUUGGCACAAUUAAUAAAAUGUAUAUGAAGAAAUGUGCAAAGUAGGUCAAGAUAGGAAAAGUAUAGCACUUUCAGUGGA